AUGUCAGGAUACCCGUCACCUACUUUGGACAGAAAGCUGCGCUCGUUCAGUCCCAUCAUCUUAUUCCAUGAUCAUGAAUAUCUCGAUAACGGAUCGGGCCAUCACGAACAUAUCCACAUUCCGUAUGGCGAUCCUCACUACGUUCCUUUUAUUGAAUCACAUAAAAAAAGAAUCCAUCAAAUGCUAGAGAAUAAUGGCCGAUUCUGGACAGACGUCAUGACUUCAUCCAGAGUGGAAGAGCAUGCAGACCGAUUAUCUCCUGUUCCGUCCCUUGUGUCAUCACCUACGCCUCCCUUGGCGAGGGAUCUACCUUCCCCACAGCGACUCAGUACUACGCCACCACCCAUGGCGCAGCACAUACCAAAAGGAAAAUACGCAAGAACGCUUCGGUCCACACGCAUCUCCGCCAGCACCUCCACUCCGUCUCCUGCCGCUGGUCGGUCGGAAAUGGUGAUUGUGGCUGGUCGAAAACGCAGACGGGGCAAUCUACCUAAAGCUGUUACGGCGAUUCUGCGAGACUGGCUUGCCAAGCACAAGAAACAUCCUUAUCCAACGGAAGAAGAAAAGGCCGCUCUAGCACGACAAACGGAUCUUACCCUGAAUCAAAUCAGCAACUGGUUUAUCAACGCUAGAAGGCGCAUUUUACAUGCCAUGCUCGAUGAAGAAGGUUUGACACAUUGCCGUAAGCAGAAAUAG